UUUCGGACCUGUGCGCUCUUGUCAACAAAGCAGGUCGGUGAAAUGUGCAGAGGUGGCCCAUCAUGUCAGAUCGGUGACAUUUUAUUUUGUCCUUAAAGGCAUCAUCGCUGCCAUAGCCAGGUGCAAACAGGUGGACUAGUCAGACUUGUUACAGGUUUUUAUUUUUCCCAGACUUUCUGAGGGCUAUGUCGAAUAAGUAACAUGAACACAAUCGCUCCUUUACCGCUAAUAUUACUUAUUUUAUCCGCAGAAGCGGCAGUUUCGGGCAACGACACCGAAACCGUGCUGUCAGCCACACCUGGUGACUCGGUGAUACUUGAUUGCGCCGGCCAGAGAGCAGCGCGUGUCUGGACGUCAUGGAUAAAAGAUGGACACAUCAUAGCCUCAAAGGGAGGCCCUUUCACGGACACUGAUCCUGCAGACCACAGGUACACCUUGGAGCCGAACGGCAGUCUGAGCAUCUCUCCGGUUAUUACUGAGGAUUCAGGCUCCUUCUUGUGCAGCUCCGGAUUAUCAGACAACAGCACCGUUAAUGAGCGAGUCCAGCUUCAGGUUAUACUUGGACCAAACAACGUAUCUGCAACCAUCUUCCCAGCUGUUAAGCUCCUCAACGGGACACUUGUCACUCAGAGAGGAAGCAGCAUCUACUUUAAAUGCCUCUCCUUGUCCUACCCGUCUCAGCAGCUAAACCUGACCUUCAGUGGAGCUUCAGCCAAUAACAUAAGCCUGGCUUCCACCGUACUUCCAGUCCUGGAGCACUCCAUACAGAACAUAGAGCCUGAGUCUCAAGGAGUUUAUACCUGCACUGCCCUCAACACCUUCUCUAAGCGCAGGGUUGAUAACAGGACUGAGCUGCUGAUUUACUAUGUACCGAGCACACACCCUGACUGUAUGGUCGUCCAAACACAAGACACCUCAAGCGUCCAGCUGAACUGCUCCUGGUUUGGUGCGUAUCCGACGCCGAAGUUGCGCUGGGAAGAGGACGGCGACUUCCAGGUCACAGAAAGUCUCGUUGUGACGCUGAACAGCUCCAAGCUGUCUGAUGGGCAGAAGAUGACGUGCACGGCCCAGCAUGAACUGCUCACAAAAGAAAAGGAGAGAUCCUGUUCCAUUAUCCUCAAGACUCCAUACCCUGAGGGCCAACCAUUGGUUACAGUUCUUCAGGGAACCAACGUGACUCUGACCUGCACUGAGAACGUGUCCGUUCCGCCUGCCAACACCACCUGGAGGAAAGGCCAAGCUCAAGACCUGAUUGUUCCUGGAUCCAAGUACAUCCUGUCCUCUGAAGGCCCUGAGCUCAAACUGACCAUCGUCAACAUGAGCGAGGAUGACGAGCGCUACUAUUUCUGCCGCAGCGAGAACGCGCUCGGGGUCAAGGAGCUGGAGGUCUACAUCACUGUGAAAACAUCAUCCUCAGCAUACACUGGAGCAGUGAUCGGCGUGUUCAUAGCUGCCCUGAUUGUGGGCUCUGCUGUAGCUGUGGCUAAGGCACUUUACUCCAGGAGACACACCAUCUGCCUGGGAGGAGGCUUCAUGCAAGCUGAGGACAGGGGAGACGUGCUGGAUCUGGUGGACUCUGAUGAUGAGCAGAUCAUACAUGACACUGUCCCCCAGCUGCCUCCUUUAGCCAACGGCCGCCACACAACACUUGUCCAGAUACAUCGGAUCCCUUCCAGUGAUGAUCAUGAGGAAAUAGAGACUGUUGAAGCAAAGCCACAGCUACCUGCACAGAAGGAAGAACCCACAGAGGAGCUGAAAGAAGAGAAAGAAGAGGAGAAAGAAGGGGCAGAGGAUCUGGUAUUAUUUUAGGUUCAACACGUCAGGAGAGAAAUGCAUCAUUUUUUGGAAAAGACAUUUACUGUAACCUGAACUAGACUCAAAAAUGUUUUUGUAAUGUUGUACAUUUUUGUAAUUUUGUUUUUAUGACCAUUUUAUUUGUACAGGAUUUUGAAUGAGUUACAUUAAAGCUGAAAAUAUUUC